UUAUAACACGAUAAACUGUGUAGUCGCAGAUUGUAAAAAAAAAGUAAAAAGUGUAAGCACUAAGUGCUAGUGAAGUGAGAGACAUUAAAUAAAUCGAUUUUAAAAAUGAAAACCGUAUUGUUAUCGAUUUUGCUGAUUGGGAUCGCAAGGUCGAGUGAAAUUGAUAAUGAGACACGGGCGCCAACAGAAGAGUCCCUCAAACGCGGUCUGAGUAGCAAGUGCGCAGCGCGGGAAACCUCAUCAUGCAUCGCGCACGAGCUGGUGGGCUACGUGGACAGGAUGCUCAGAACUGCCUCCUUCCAGCUCAGCGAGGAUGCAAUGAUUGUAGAUGAGAGCAAUGGUGUAGCAGCUGAAGUACAAGUAAAACCAGAGACGCUAGCUCGAGCUGGUACCUCUUUGGAGGACCAAGCUCAGCAACUAAUUAGCGAGAAGCUAUGGCGCUUCGCUACCACCAGGUCGCUGAGGUACAGACUCUUGGAAAACGCCGACCUUGUCAUUUCUGGUAAAGAAGAAAACGAUGGAAGUCUAGGAGUUGGUGUUGCAUUAAAGGCACCAAAAGCCAUUGAAACUGGAAGGGGCCGUAAUAAGAACAUGGGCCCAUUCUUGGCGGCAGCAGCUUUGAAGUUCGGUCUCCUGGGAGCUUUGACCUUCAAAGGGCUUACGUUGAUGGUGGGGAAGGCUCUCCUGAUCUCCAAGAUAGCUCUCUUACUCGCCACCAUCAUAGGAUUGAAGAAAUUAUUCUCCCCUCAGCAUGUUGGCAAUGCAUAAAUGGCCAGACAACUCAAUACGGAGCGGACGAGUGAAACGGGGAAUAACAUACCUUGUUACGAUUUUUUUUUACCCACCAAUAGCCAGUAUUUACAAAUGGCUCAAGUUUAUUAUUUAAAUUAUGUAUAAAGGUGAUUAAAGAUACCGUAUCACAGGUUGUCAUAAUAAAAGGACUGAAAAUAAUCGAAUGUAUUACGAAAUAAAUUCAGGUUGUUUAUUAUUGGUUAAAUUUGAUAUACCGCUUUCUAUAGGAUUUAGAAAAAAAAAAAUACAGAAAGCGGUAUUUAUAUCUGUUCAUGUUGACAGUGAAUUGAAAAAUAUUAAAAAAAUAAAUAAAUACGCUCUAAACGAUUUUUAUUAUAAUCAUUUUUCAAUUUACUGUCAAUAUUAUUUAUUAAUUUAUAAUUAACUAAUUUAUUAAAUAACACAACUAUAAAUUAAUAAUGUAAAUAAAAUAUAUUUAUUGUAUACUUAGUUUGUAUAUUCUUUGUACUAACUUGUACAAUAACGCCGAUUCCGCAUUUAUACAAACAGCUGAGCAUU